AUGCCCAAGAUGAAAAUACCCAAUCCUCGGAUAGUUUUCUCGGGCAUCCAGCCCACGGGCGUACCACACCUGGGUAACUAUGUCGGAGCACUACGGCAAUGGGUGCAGCUUCAGCACAGCGAGCCCGAUACGAAACUGAUCUACUCCAUCGUGGAUCUUCACGCCAUUACCAUGCCUCAGCCGCCGGAACAAUUAAGGAAGAGGAAGAGAGAGGCCUUGGCGGCGUUGCUGGCUAUUGGUAUUGAUCCUGAGAGGGCGACGCUGUUUUACCAGUCUUCUGUCCCGGCUCAUUCAGAACUCAUGUGGAUUCUCAGCUGCACUGCAUCCGUGGGCUAUCUCUCGAGGAUGACUCAAUGGAAGAGCAAACUUAACCUCGGUGAAAAGUCAUCCAUUGACGAUCGCCAAGCUGGUUCUCGUCUCAAACUUGGUCUCUUCUCGUACCCUGUCCUCCAAGCUGCCGAUAUUCUUGUCCACAGAGCAACACAUGUCCCUGUUGGUCAUGAUCAGCAACAACAUCUUGAGUUCGCUCGAGAAUGCGUGACGAACUUCAACGCAGCUUACGGCGAUCACCUCGUCUCCCCACAAACCCUGAUCCCUCCUGUCCACAGAGUGAUGUCACUCAACGACCCAACCUCCAAGAUGUCCAAGUCUCACAAAUCUGAGAAGUCGCGCAUUCUCAUCACAGACUCGACUGAGGAUAUCAAGGCUAAGAUCAGCUCCGCAAAGACAGACUCUAUACCUGGAAUCACUUACGACCAGGCCGAACGGCCAGGUAUCUCUAACCUGCUAGACAUCCUAUCUAUCUUCGAUCCAGAGGGUAGGAAGGGGGCUGAGCUGGCAGAGCAGUAUAGUGAUAUCAGUCCUAAGCAACUCAAGGACAUGGUCACUGACGCCGUUGUUGGCGGCCUAGGAGGUAUUCGGGAUCGAUACCUUGGGUUGUUGAGUAAGGGAGGUGAGUACCUUGACUCAGUGGAGUCGAUUGGUGCUCAGAAAGCACGGAAGAGCGCAGAUGAUACUAUGCAGAUUGUUCGACAUGCUGUCGGGCUUUGA